AUGGCUCAAUUGGCGGACACAUAUCGGGAUCCAGGGCGUUGGAAGGAGACUGAAGAGCUGCAAGUAUCAAGGGUGUUGAAGGAGGCCGAAGAGCUUCAAGUACAGGUUAAGGAUAUAUGGUUGAGGAUGCUAGGAGAGGAGCAUCCAAAUACGCUAAUUAGUAUGGAUAACCUGGGAUCAAUGUAUAGCUAUCAAGGGCGUUGGAGGGGGGCCUAA